AUGUCGAACCCGUUGGACACCGAUGCCGGCUCGGAGCUCUUCAGCAGCUACGAGACCGAGCUAAAGCUGGUACAAGCCGAUUUGAAUCAGAAGUUGGACCAAAUCGCCGAGUCAAGCGGUGAACAACGAAAGUCAGCAAUCAGGCAAGCCGAGAGAGCCCUGGAUGAAGCCACGGAACUGCUAGAUCAAAUGCGCAUGGAGAAACAGAAUAUCCCCUCAGCAGCACGAUCGAAGAUCAACACGCGCGUUCGAAACUACGCUACCGAUAUCGACGAGGCAAAGCGCAAGUUGAGGUCUCUCUCCGAUGACCGCAAGGCGCUCUUCGGCGACCGCUACACAGAUGAUCCGCAGGACGAACAUCUGGAACAAAGACAACAGCUCCUGUCUGGUACGGAGCGGUUGGAGCGCAGUUCCGCCCGGCUCCAGGAGAGUCAGCGCAUCGCCCUCGAAACGGAGGAUAUUGGUCGCAACACCUUGGCCGACUUGAACCAGCAGCGCGAGACGAUUAUGAAUGCGCGGGGUCGACUGCUCGAGAGCGAAGGAUAUGUGGACACCAGUAUCAAGACACUAAGGGGCAUGGCCCGUAGGAUGGCUACGAAUCGGUUGAUCACAAUCGCAAUCAUCACUGUCUUGAUCUUGUUGAUUUUCGCCGUUAUCUACAGCAAGUUCCAUUGA